AUGAGAGAGUGUGACAAUAAAGAUGGCACCUGCAGCUGCUGUUUGAUGCUGCAAAAGUUGGAAAGGCUAAGGACCCGCAUGUACUCACAACACAGUGAGUUGGAAAGGGAAUGCUUAGAAACAGAGAGGAGACUCAACAAUAUAUUAGAAAAACGUGUUGCCAUGUCUGUCACUCUGUACAGCGAUGCUAACUUUCAGUGUGUGGGCCCCUUUGAUGAAGACAGGAUCAUCCACUAUGAACAUGCUUACAUCAACAUGGGUGAUUGCUACAACACAACCACUGGUUUCUUUACUGUUCCAUGGUCUGGUGUCUACAGCCUCGCGCUCACCGUCUACAGUGACGCUGGUUCACAGGGUCAGAGCUUGGCCGCCUGCGCCAGUCUGAUGGUCAACGGCCAGUUGGUAGUCGGCUUUGAUGAUUCAAAUCGUCUCGACCAAGAGGACAGUUGCACUUCUGCUGUGGCCCUCCUUCUAAAUGCUGGGGAUGAGGUGACUGUCAACCUUCCCGCUGGAUGUUUCCUCUGCGAUGACGGCAGCCACUAUAACACUUUCAGUGCCUUUCUGCUUUACCUUACUGAGCAGGAUACAGAGGCAUAG